AUGGAUGCUGUCCUGAUUCAUACUUUACAUGAUUCAUCACUUUCGUCGCUGCCACAAUGCGUCUCAACAAGCAGUCGUGAAGCAACAGAGCCGGCGGUGGCUGCUGAAAAAUACGAUGAUCUAGCUGAACUCGAUUUCAACAACAUGCGAUCACGUUACGCAGAUGAAUUGGCGUUGAAUGCUCUGUUGAAUCGGUGUAUGCCCGAUUCUGCUCUAACUGCAAGCAUUCGUCAAAAAGAUGAAAAAGAACAAGAAGCUGAACAUAUUCAACUUCAUGGGUCUGUCUCGAACGUGUAUGAGAAAGCUUUUCGUGAACAAGAAGGACGCCGUACACCGAGUACAGGAUCUGAGGAAUCGCUUACAUCCACGAAUAGUGAAGCUAGUUGUUAUUAA